AUGACAACUUAUAAAUUACAUUAUUUUAAUGGUCGUGGACGAGCUGAAAUAAUACGUUUAGCCUUCGCACAAGCUGGUCAAAAAUACGAAGAUAUUCGUAUUGAACGUGCCAACUGGGAUUGUAUCAAAAAUGAUACGCCAUUGGGACAAGUACCCUAUAUAGAAGUCUAUGGACAAAGAAUUCCACAAUCAAUGACAAUUGUUCGUUUUCUUGCCAAACAAUUCACUUCAGCUGGUAAAGACAAUUUAGAACAAGCCAGAGUUGAUAGUGUUGCUGAUACAAUCGGUGAUUUAAGUGAAAUAUAUUCAAAACUGAUACAUCGCGAAAGAGAUCAAAGUAAAAAAGAAGAAGGUUUAAAAACGUUUUUCAAAGAGGACGCACUAAAAGCUUUAGCGAAUUUGGAAAAGUUAUUAACAACGUAUGGGCAAGAUGGUCCAUACUUUUUAGGUAAUCAAUUGACAUACGCUGAUAUAGAAUUUUAUAAUAAGGCGUCGACGUUAUUAAACGCUGAUGCCACUGUCUUAGACAACUAUCCAAAAUUAAAACGCAAUCAUGCCGAAGUCGAAAAACAGCCAAAAAUAUCCGCCUAUGUUAAAUCACGGCCACAAACAUCAUUUUAA